AUGGCCGAGACACUACUCGCGAUCCUCCUGGCAACCUCCUCCGCCAAAGGCUCCCACCUCGUCACAUUCUGGCCCCCGGAUCCCCAACCAAACCAGCGCCUCGCGCGUCCCCGUCCCGAUGACUUCAUGCAAUACGACAACCCCUGGCGCGCGGCCCACCCGCACGAAGCCGCAGCGCCCACCGCCGCGCCGCGCUGGCAAGCCGACGAGUCCUACCUCUGGCGCCGCCCGCACGCCCGCUCGCGCUCACCCUCCCGCGCCGCGCACCCCAACAUCGUCCACCCGCCCCCCUCAGGCCGCAGCAGCCCCACCAAAGACUCUCACGCGCACUCGCACUCGCACACGCCCUUCGACGUCGACGCCGCCCACGAAGGAUCAGAAGAAGUAUUGGGCUACAGCGCGGCGUACCUCGCGGGCGUCCUCUGUCCCAAGCGCAGCAUGUGCCACCAGAAGUUCGCGCUCAAGGUCGACGAUCUGAUGUUCCUCGGCCAUCCCGUGUGCGCGGAGCCGGGCGGGCAGUGGAGGUUCAAGGAUCGGUCGGCGUCGCGCGGUGCUAGUGCGAGUACGAGUGCGGAUCCGAGGGGAAGGAGGGCAAGGGCGAGGCAGGUUUCGGGCGAUAGUGUAAGGUCGGGUGUUAGUGUUGAUGAUGAGAAGGCUGAGUCGAGUCCGAGCCCGCCGCAGGGGCAGAGCGGAGGGUGGUUGCAGACGUUCCAUGUUGUGUUCGUGCAUGAUCUGCCGGACCCAUCGAGCGCCGCGAGCGGGAACGUGCAGAAGUACUUCGACGCGGUAUACGCGCAGCUCGCCUUUCCACUCACGGCAGUCCUAUAUGCCGCACAAGUUACAUCGAACUUUGUUGAGGCCGAGUGUGAUAGGCUAGAUCGAGGGGAGGCGAGCGAGUUGGCGGGGGCUCUGAAGGAGCUGUAUGAGGCGAUCAAGAGGGUUGAUGUGGCGAGGAUCAGCGUAUCCGGUGCUCCGUUGGAGUUGCAAUUACCUCCUUCUCUGGACGGAAUGAUCAAGAGCGGGCAAGUGGAGGAAGAGGAUGCGGUUGGGGAUGAGCCGGCGGAGGAGGAGGGAGGUGCUAGUGUUGGAUUGCCAGGACUGGCGCCGUGGAAGAGCCUGCUGUUACUGGAUGAUGCCUUUGAGGGGAUGAGGGCGCAGCAUGUGGGCGAAGGAGACGAUGACCAGUUGCUUGCUGAGCAGCUCAUGCGGUUUCUCGAGAUGGCGGACAUUACGCUCUCGUUGGCGGACAUGGCAAGCUUGCUAGAUUGGGACCUCGAUACGCAGAUAUACCCUAUCGUACGCUGGCUCGUACACCACCGGCGUGCCCGCGUGGUCGAUAUCGUCCAUCGCGGGCUCAAGAAUGUCUUCACGCUACCUCUCAAGUUCGACAAACCUCUACGCGAACUCUCCGCAUCAUACCGCACCGCCUUCCCGGACCCUGCUCUCCCGCCCCUUCCCUCACUUCUCUCAACGAUAUCCCAAUCAACGUCUACAACGUUCUUCGCAGCGAUAGUCCAAACGCGCGAUGCACUGCCCAUUUACCGCGAUGUCGUACAGUGGCUUCUACGCAACGAGCUGAUGAUAGCACUGCACCUUCGCGUGAGGGUCGUCGCGACAGCAGCGCUGAAGAAGAAGGUCAAGAAAGAGCGGAGGCGGAGAGGCGGGAGGAGAGUCAGCUGGCAAGAACCGGAAGCCACUGAGGGCGAGGGAGAAGGGAGCGACGCGGUGUUCGCGAGACGCGGGCGGAGAAGGCGACCAGGGGGCGUUGAGGAUGAUGUCGAAGAGGAAGCAGACGGGGACGCAGAGGAUGGAGACGACGAGAAGGAAACGGAUAGCAAAGAGAAGGGUACAAAGUGGCUUGCGCAGAGCCCGGAGGAGAUGCGUGCUCGUCCGCCGAUCUUGGAGGAAGGGUUGGACUUUGAUGAGGAGUUGGACGAGAAGAUGCGCCGGUUCGAGUCUGACGCGGAAGGGCUCGAUGAAGGCGACGGUUCACAGGCGGAAGGCGAGGGAGAUGAUGAGAGCGACGAUGAGGAGGACUGGAGGUACAGCAUCAUCCCUGAUCCGGCGCGUGCAGAUGUGCGCCAAAGAGCGUGGUUGCAGGCGAUGAGUGCGGGCAAAGAGCCAGCGCUCGCUCGUCGGUUCGAUGCUAUCAACCGGUACUUCGACGGACGGUGCGCAGACGACGAGAUCCUAUUUCGAGCAGAGAUCUCGAGGAAGCAGUUGCGGGAGGUGCUGCAUCAUUACGAUGAAUACUUGCAGACGUUCUUGCACCCAUCAUGA